GAUAGAAACGGUGAGAAGUAAAAAUUAAACAAGAUAAAAAUAUUAAAAAGUGACAGAGAGAUAUUCAGAAUUUUAUUUCGAAUAAAAUAAAAUGUGUUAGAACAUGUUAGUUGUCUCAUCUGAAUGAUGACAAUUGAAUGAUUGAGACGUUUAAUUUUGGACAUUUUAUUUUAUUUAUACUUUCGGUGAACUUAUUCAAAGUUAAUCUUCUAUUAUUGGUGACCAUGACUGGCCCAUCGCCUGUGAUUGGUUCAACUCGUCGAUUGGAAUCUCAUCUUCUUGGUAUAAAACAUGGUCGCUAAUUCAUUGGAAGCUUCAUCUCUCGAUGUCCAACAAUCGCCCAUCAUCGUGUCUCCAGUUGCCCAAACUGCUUCCGUUGUUCAAACUCCGAUUGUCAAUUCGCCAGUAGGUUCAACACCAGUUCUUGUUGAGCCACAGUUUCAAGAACUUCCAUUAGAUGUUCAAUUACCUUCUGUUGUUGACACCGAGGAAGUUUCUAUCGCCAAUUCACCGACUUAUUUGAAAGAAUUUUCGAUGACCGAUCAUCUGUUUCCUUCAUUCAAGAAAAUCAGUUCUUCUUUCUCAACUGGAACCUCUAAAUUCAAGUCAAUUUUACCAGGAAAUCCAUUCAAAAAAUGGUCUGGAAAAAGUGAAGAUGUCGAGAUAGUUGAGGAAAUUCCAGUGGUCGCAGUGAAAGAACGUGUGGACCCAAUUCCUUACAAAUUCAAUAGCGAGAUUCCUAAAAAGCUCAUCGCCAAAGCCGCUGCUGUUGGUCAGGCCAAACUGACCCAAUUGGCUGCCGCUAACAAGGGUAAACUGAAUGGACCAGGAUUACUUGAGGCAAGUGUCAAGGUUCAACACCCAAUUGUUGGCAAACAAUCAGCUAAAAUUAAGCUUUCAACUGUUUAAUAUCUGAAAAUAUGUAAUAAUAA